CCGGCGCCACAGAAUCCCCGGGCCCUGGCGGGGCAGACCUGCCCGCCGCUGGGUGUGCGCCCUGCGCCCUGCGCCCUGCGCCCUGCAGGGAGCCGGGCCCGCCCCACUGUGCGCGCAGGCGCGCGCCGCGCCCGGCUCGGACCGCAGAUCGGCGCUGGGCGGCCGCAGGCUGGCCUUGCAGGCCUGUGAAGAUGGAGGGCUCUGCUGAGAUGGAGAUGCUGAGGACACUGAAGGGGCCUUCCGCAGGGGAGGUCAGCGUGCAUCUGGUGGCCAGAGACAGCCCAGGCUCCGGUCCUCACCUGCCCACAACCGCCUUCAUCAUUCCAGCCAGUUCGGCCACGCUUGGCCUGCCCAGCAGUGCCCUGGAUGUGUCCUGCUUUUCCCAGGAGCCAAUCCAUGUGGGUGCCCCAGAGCGGGUGUCCGGCAGCGAACCUGUCACGGCCACCGUUCUGCCCCAACUAACCGCUGGGCCAGCGGGCAGCUCUAGCGCUACCACAGUGCGGCUCCUGGAGUGGACAGAGGCCGCGGCCCCGCCCCCCGGGAGCAGCUUGCGGUUCCGGAUAAGCGAGUACGCGCCCCUGAACAUGGUGGGAGUGGAGCAGCCACCGAGCCCCGAGCCGCGGCGAGAAGGCGUGGCCGAAUACGAAGAUGGCGGGCUCCCGGCCGGGGGUGGCGACUCGGGCACCCCACAGCCCGAGACCCUCCCCCAGGGCCCUCCAGAAGAUCCCGCUCAGGACCCUCCCGAGGAUGGUAGCGCCUGUCCGUGCCGGGCCUGUGGGCCUCAGCACAGCGCCGGUCCAGAUCCUGGUUCCUCCAGCGACGGCUGCCCUCCGCUGUUCCAGGAGCGGUCAGUCAUAGUGGAGCACUCUUCAAGCUGCGCCGGGGCCGAGCUCCUCAAACCCGUGAAGAAAAGGAAGCGCAGGGAAUACCAGAGCCCGUCCGAGGAGGAGUCAGAACCAGAGGCCGUGGAGAAGCGAGAAGAAGGGAAGGAGCCAGAGGAACGGCCCGCGGCCAGCACCCCCGAGAGUGAGGAGUGGAGCAGCAGCCAGCCUGCAGCGGCCUCAUCAGGCGAGAAGGAAGGCUGGUCCUGGGAGUCCUACCUGGAGGAGCAGAAGGCCGUCACUGCCCCCGCCAGCCUCUUCCAAGACUCCCAGGCAGUCCCUCCUAACAAGAACGGCUUCAAACUGGGCAUGAAGCUGGAAGGCAUUGACCCCCAGCACCCGUCCAUGUACUUCAUCCUCACCGUGGCCGAGGUGUGUGGCUACCGCCUGCGUCUGCACUUUGAUGGGUAUUCCGAGUGCCAUGAUUUCUGGGUCAAUGCCAACUCCCCUGACAUUCACCCUGCUGGCUGGUUUGAGAAGACCGGGCACAAACUGCAGCCUCCCAAAGGUUACAAGGAGGAGGAGUUCAGCUGGAGCCAGUACCUGCGCAGCACCAGAGCUCAGGCUGCCCCCAAGCACCUGUUUGUGAGCCAGAGCCACAGUCCCCCACCCCUGGGCUUCCAGGUGGGCAUGAAGCUGGAGGCUGUGGACCGCAUGAACCCGUCUCUCGUCUGCGUGGCCAGCGUGACCGACGUGGUGGACAGUCGCUUCCUGGUGCACUUUGACAACUGGGACGAUACUUACGACUACUGGUGUGAUCCCAGCAGCCCCUACAUCCACCCAGUGGGCUGGUGCCAGAAGCAAGGAAAACCCCUCACCCCUCCACAAGAUUACCCAGACCCUGACAGCUUCUGCUGGGAGAAAUACCUGGAGGAAACUGGGACCUCCGCUGUGCCUGCCUGGGCCUUCAAGGUGCGACCGCCUCACAGCUUCUUGGUCAACAUGAAGCUGGAGGCCGUGGACCGCAGGAACCCAGCCCUGAUUCGUGUGGCCAGCGUGGAGGAUGUGGAGGACCAUCGGAUAAAGCUGCACUUUGAUGGCUGGAGUCACGGCUAUGACUUCUGGAUUGAUGCUGACCACCCAGAUAUCCACCCUGCGGGCUGGUGCUCCAAGACAGGACAUCCCCUGCAGCCUCCUCUCCGGCCCAGGGAGCCCAGUGCUGCCUCGCCUGGGGACUGUGCCCCCGUGAGCUGUAGAAGCUUGCCGCCCGCCAGGACCUCCAAAUACAGCUUCCACCACCGAAAGUGCCCCACUCCUGGCUGCGACGGCUCGGGCCACGUCACAGGCAAGUUCACAGCUCACCACUGCCUCUCGGGCUGCCCGCUGGCAGAGAGGAACCAGGGCCGGCUGAAAGCGGAGCUGUCUGACUCGGAGGCCUCGGCCCGCAAGAGGAGCCUCUCCGGCUUGUCCCCAAGGAAGAAGCCUCGCCACCACGGCCGGAUCGGACGCCCUCCAAAGUAUCGGAAGAUUCCACAGGAGGAUUUCCAGACGCUCACUCCUGAUGUCGUGCACCAGUCCCUCUUCACGUCGGCCCUGGCGGCCCACCCGGACCGCUCGCUGUCCGUGUGCUGGGAGCAGCACUGCAAGCUCCUGCCUGGGGUGGCGGGCAUCUCGGCCUCGACAGUCGCCAAGUGGACCAUCGAGGAGGUCUUUGGCUUCGUUCAGACCCUGACAGGUUGCGAGGACCAAGCACGCCUCUUCAAAGAUGAGAUGAUUGACGGCGAGGCCUUCCUUUUGCUGACACAGGCGGACAUUGUGAAGAUCAUGAGCGUCAAGCUGGGCCCAGCCUUGAAGAUCUAUAACGCCAUUCUCAUGUUCAAAAACGCCGACGACUCCUUAAAGUGACUGUCAGGCCCGGGGCCUUUGCUGGGCCUCCCGCGCCGGCUGAUGCUUCUUUCCCAGCCUCAGUUCCUCGUGUCCCGUUCUGUCCCUGUGCUCUGGGUCUGACAGGGGCUGGUCCUUCCUGGACAGCAGGUGGAGCAGAGGGGCCCUGGGAAGGUGGAGUCCUGGGGCUCGCUUGCCACCACGCAUGUCAGGGAGGUGUCCCUGGGCUGGGGGCAUUACUGACGGGGCAGGCUGAAGGGGCCCUGGUCCAGGCAGCCCCACGCCAAAGGUCUUUUUCUGAGCAGUGCACAGGAGUGGCGGGACUGGAGGUCUUUAGUCUGCUGUCCUUUCCCCUUGUUGGCUCCGCCACAACCACCCCCUUCUGUCUGCUGGCUUUGCUGCCCUCCUUUUGUGGCCUGGUUUCCUGGUGGCGCCCCCACAGCCAAGGCCCAGGCAAGCCCCUGGCUCUUCCCCUUAGAUGUGUGGGCCUCAGAAACUUGUCCUGGGAUCCACUGGGAACCUCCGGCCACCUUCCACCCUUUAGCUCAGAAGUGGGGGACCCUGCGCCUGGACACCUGCUAGAACAUGCCCCAUCCUGGCCCACUUGGCAUCGUGGUGUCCUACGUCAAGUCCUAGUUCCGGCUGGGGGAAGGUGACGAGAGCCCGUGUGCAGCUGGCAGAAGUCUCCACUGCAUUCUGCACACACCCGUCCUGUGUUGGGCCUGGGCGGGAGGAAGCCCGGCCUGGCAGGUAGCCCUGGCAGGAGGCCAGCCCGAGGGCCUGCCAGACCAUCUCGAGUCUCUGGCCAGUGGGGCAGCUCUAGCAGGCUGGGACACCCCAAGCUGGGCACAGCAUCCUCUGUGUGGCUGUAGAUCUCAGCUAAGGUAUUGCCCGGAGCGCGAGGGCCCCACGCCCGCCUGCCAGGCCUCUCUGUCUUGAGAAUGUAGCACUGUGUCACGUGACGUCGCCUCCCGUCUGUCCCUUAGAUGUUUGUUUAACGCUUACAGUGUUAGAACAGCCAGAUUGGGAAGGUGGACUCCUCCCUUCAAGUAUUCCAGGUCCUUUAAGCCCUUCUCCGCACUGCCACCUGGAGCCCGACUAGGGCUCUGGGACUUCCUCGCCCUGUCAGGUGGGUGCCCAGCCUCCUCCAAGCCACUGCCAAACCUGCGUGCUAGGACGGGCCAGAGUGCCCAGCAGGAGCCAGGGAGGCGAGGGGCCAAGGCCACGCCUCCCCGCCCCCAGGUGCUGAGAUGAACCUGCAGGGUGUGGGGUCAGGGGCCUUCCCCAAGCCCCUUCUCUCAGUCAUGUGUGUGCAUGUGUGUGUGUGUGUGCACGUAUGUGUAGGGCACUCUUAGCAGUGUUUGAAAGGGUGCUCAGCGUUGGGAAAACGUCAAGGGCUAUUGUUGUUCAAGUACAAAGCUUUAUUUUUUCCUUAGAAGCGGGAUGCCCAAAGCUCUGCUGCUUUCCUGCCACAGCCCCUGGCAGGGGCCCCUGUCUCCCAAGGGGGAGGACAGCCGUGCAGCCCCCUGCAGACCUCUGUGGGGCUUUCAGACCUGAGAGGCAUCUCUGAGCACAACUUUCCUGGGAGGGCACAGGGCAAGGCCAGCUGUGAGGUGAGGGUCGGGUUUAUAGAGGCCAUGUGGUGCCCUGUGGCCCAGGGCAGGAGGAGCAAGUCCAAGCCUCUCUUUCAUCUUGUCACCUGGGUUAGAACAAAACUCAUCAACUGCUCAUCCUGCGACGCUUGCCAGCUUGUGAGGUGCUCACAGCUGGUGCUGGGGGCCUCCUGGCCCCUAAGGACAGAGGCCACGGCAGCUUUGCUGUGCAGCUGCACCAGGCGUGCCAGCCACCUAGUACUCGCCUUCUGAAAGGCCAGCUGAGCCAAGGACCAUGGAGAAAAAGUCUCAGGCUGUGGGGCCUCAGCGCUUUCUGCACUGACAUUGAACUCUUUGGGAAGAGAACAACUCAUCAGAUGUGGCAAGAAGUCUGGCCUCUUCACCCCAUUCUGUCCCCAGCAGAGAUCAUCAGCCCUUGACCUGGGAAUGCAGUGAGGGAGGGAGUUGGCCGUGGCCGCCCCCGCUGCCCUGUGCCCGGCUCUCUAGCAGUGGGUGCCACUUACCCUUUGACUCCUGCAGGCACACCCAGCCCCGCCCAGCCCUGGCCUGGGGCGGGGAGGACGGUCCCAGAGUCUGCGAACGAAGCCUUUUUGCACUUUUGAUUCACAUGCACUGUGGUGGGAUUGCAUUUCUGUACUUGCCUCUGCACAUGUGGGUGUGCACGUGCGUGCGAGUUCUCUCAGAGAAUCCACUGGUGUAAGCUGAAGCGCCUCCGACUCCGGGGUGAGAACAGGUUGCAGAUGAGAUGUGUGAUGUGUCCUGUACUGAAACGUGGUGAAUAAACGUGAGCCUCUGGGUGAGACGCAGCAGAGUCUGGUUCAUUCCUCCGGAAACACCCAGAAAACGCAAAAGGAGCAUGUCGUGAAGAGGCCGACGGGUUCUCCUGGCUGUACAUUAGUCUGUGAGCAGGCAGGGAAGCGGCAGAAACACCAGCUGUGAUCACCGUACCCUCUCCCUCGUCAGUAUCCUUCAUAGCUCUGCCUGCGGCUCCUCCAGACCGGGCCGAGAGAACGCACACCACGCAGCCAGCCACCUGGGAGCCCGUUGCCUCGACCCUGCCCUGGGAGCUUGCUUGCUUGACCCAGCACAGUGGUGCCACAGUAGCUUUGUCUCUGACUUUAGCAUGAACAAGAGCCUAAGGGCUACCCAAGGAAGCCACUGGGGUUUGGGAAGGCUUAGCUCCAACUUCCCUUUCUGCAGUCCUGAAACCUCCUGUGCUGUUACCUUCUCCAGUGUCUGAAUAGAUGUCCAUCGGCAUCACGGAGAAACUGAACAUCCACUCCUGCCUGCCACUACAUCUGCUCGUGUCCCCCUCCCACACCCAUCCUUCUCCCUCUCCUGUUCAGUGGGAGAGUUGAUGCUUCCACUUGUCCAGAGCAAAUCCUCCACCAACCAAUGGUUGCAAUAGGAGGAAAAGAAGCAUUGAGAGACAACAAAGAGUUUUUGGAAGCUUAAAAUGUGAUCGCUGAGAUUUAAAAAAUCAACACAGGUUUGAAAGUUGAUGACUUUACCCAGAAAGUAGAAUAAACAUAGAUGGAAAUAGAAUGAAAGGAAGAAGUUAGAGAAGCUAAGAGGAAUUCCAAUGGGCAAGAAAAGAGGACAUAAGUUUGAUUAAUCACAAACUUAAGGGGCAGGCUUUUGGCCUGCUGGUUAAAAUGCCUGCGACGUGUCCCAUAUUGGAGCGCCUGGGUUCAAUGCCCACCUCCGGCGCCUGGCCCUAGCUUCCUGCUGUUGCAGAGCCUGGGAGGCAGCAAUGAUGGAUGGCUCAGAUGCUUGGGUUCAACAGAAAAUGAACCGAGGUAAAACAACUUAUCAACAUAGUACAGGGGUGGAGGGGAGCAAGGUUAUCUCAAUUGCCACAGAAAAGGCAUUUGACAAAAUCCAUUUUCAUGAUUUAAAAAAAAAACACUCAGAAAACUAUGAGGAGAAGGGAACCAUGCUGUGAAAGGCUGAGUGCUUUCUCCCAAAUAUCAAGAAUAAGACAGAGGUGCUUUUAAAAAAAUAUUUAUUUGAGAGGCAGAAUUACAGAGACAGAGGGAGAGACAGAGAUCUUCCAUCUGUGGACUAAUUCCCCAAAAGGCUGCAAUGGCCACAGCUGGACAGGGCCAAAGUUAGGAGCCAGAAGCUUCUUCUAGGUCUCCCACAUGGGUGUAGGGACCCAGACACAUCAACCAGGAGCUGGAUUGCAAGAGGAGCAGCUGGGACUUGAACCGUUGCCCAUAUGGGGUGCCAGCAUCACAGGUGGGGGCUUAACCUACUGCACCACAAGGCCAGUCCUGACCAAUGAUGCUUCCUUUCACUUCUGCUAUUGAGUCUUGUACUGCAAAUUCUAGACAGGGCAAUUCAAUAAGAAAAGAAAUAAAAGGCAUCCAAACUGAUAAGGAAGAAGGAAACUUACUCACAAAUUACAUGAUAUUCUAUCUGGAAAAUCCCAAAGAAACUACAAGAAAGUUGCUGGAACUAAUAAAUUCAGUCAAGUUAAAGAUUAUAUAUCAACACAUAAAAAUCAGUUGUGUUUCUAUAUACCAGCAGCGACCACUCAAAAAAGGGGAAAAAAAGAAGCAAUUGCAUUUACAGGAUUAUCUAAAAGAAUAAAAUACCUAGAAAUAAAUUUAAAGGAGAUGGGCCGGAGCCACAGCUCACUAGGCUAAUCCUCCGCCUGUGGCGCCGGCACCCUGGGUUCUAGUCCCGGUUCGGGUGCAGGAUUCUGUCCCGGUUGCUCCUCUUCCAGUUCAGCUCUCUGCUGUGGCCCAGGAGGGCAGUGGAGGAUGGCCCAAGUGCUUGGGCCCUGCACCCACAUGGGAGACCAGGAGGAAGCACCUGGCUCCUGGCUUUGGAUCGGCACAGCGCGGAGGCUGUAGCGGCCAUUUGGGGGGUGAACCAAUGGAAGGAAGACCUUUCUCUCUGUCUCUCUCUCACUGUCUAACUCUGCCUGUCAAAAAAAAAUUUAAAUGAGACAAAAGACUUGUAUGCUGAAAGCAAUUAAAGACUUAACUAAAUGGAAGGACAUUUGUAUUUUCAAAGUAGGAAGACUUACUAUUAUUCAGGUGUCAGUAUUACCAGUGUGAUCUACAGAUCUAAUGCAAUCCAUGUCAAAAACUCAAGCUGCCAUUGCAGAGCUGGAUUGAUCCUCAAGUUCGUAGGGAAUUAUGAGGUGCUCCAAACAGCCAAAACAAUCUUGACAAAGAAAAGAGUUGGAGAGCUCAAUUCUCAGUUUCAAAACUUACUACAAAACUACAGUAAUCAAAACCACAUGGUAUGUAUUGGCAUACUGCAGACAUAGGCCAAUGGAAUAGAAUGGAAAGUCCAGAAAUGAACCCAUAUAUCUAUGGCCAACUGAUUUUUUAUGAGUGUCGAGUCCUUUCAGUAGGGAAAGAAUAGUCUCUUAAACAAAUGGAGCUGGAACGAUUGGAUUUCCAAGUUGUUGGAUGAUAACUUCACCUAAUACAGAAAAAUUAACUCACAGUGAGUCAGUUCACUAAAUAUGAGAAAACCCUUAGAAGGAAGCAUGAAGAUAAAUAUCCAUGAUUGCCAGUAGAUUCUUAGAUGUGACACCACAAACACAAGCAACAAAAGAGAAAGAUAAAUUGACCGUCAUCAAAAUGAUAUAUAAACUUUUGUGCUUCAAAAGACAUUAUCAAAAGAGUAAAAAAUCCCACAGGAUGGGAGAAAAUGCUUGCCAUCAUAUCCAAUAACUUCUUGGCCUUUUGGCUAAGAUCAAGUGUAAUUAUAUCCAACAAGGAUUUAAUAUCCAGAACAUAAAGAACUCCUAAAAUUAACACAACUCAAUGAAAAAAUGAGCCAAGGUCUUUAAUUUACAUUCCUCUAAACAAGAUAUAUGAGUACAAAUGGCCAAAAAGCUCAUUAGACAUUAGGGAAAUGCAAAUGAAAACCACAGUGAGAUAGCACUUCACAUCUUAGGGUGGCUAUAAUCAAAACGAAGAAAAGGGGCCGGCGCCGUAGCUCACUUGCUUAAUCCUCUGCCUGCAGCGCCGGCAUCCCAUACGGGCGCUGGCUUCUAGUCCCAGUUGCUCCUCUUCUAGUCCAGCUCUCUGCUGUAGCCCGGGAGUGCAGUGGAGGAUGGCCCAAGUACUUGGGCCCUGCACCCCAUGGGAGACCAGGAUAAGUACCUGGCUCCUGCCAUUGCAUCAGCGCGGUGCGCCGGCCACAGCGCACCGGCCGCGGCGGCCAUUGGAGGGUGAACCAACGGCAAAGGAAGACCUUUCUCUGUCUCUCUCUCUCACUGUCCACUCUGCCUGUAAAAAAAAAAAAAAAAGAAGAAGAAGAAGAAAA